GCUUGAUAUCUAGAAAAAUGGAUGAUGAUGAUGAUGACAUUCCCCAGCUUUCAUCCCAGGCGCUGGCGGCCCUCCAGGAAUUCUAUUUGGAGCAAGAGCAAAGAGAGGGCGUGAAGACCUCCCAGGGAUCCGGUCAAUACUCUGUUGGCUCCAUAGAGGAGAACUGGCAACUGAGCCAGUUUUGGUACAGUGAGGAAACUGCAUCUUGCCUGGCUAAUGAAGCUAUUGCAGCAGCUGGCAAAGAUGGCAAGAUUGCGUGUGUCAGUGCCCCCAGCGUGUACCAGAAGCUGAAAGAGCAGCAGGGCCCGGCGGUUUCCGCGUGCAUACUCGAGUACGACCGGAGGUUUGCUGUGUAUGGGCAAGAAUUUGUCUUCUAUGAUUAUAACAGUCCCCUGAGCUUGCCAGCAAGCCUCCUGCCGCACAGCUUUGACAUCGUGGUAGCAGAUCCACCCUAUCUCUCGGAGGAGUGUCUCGAGAAAACCGCAGAGACCGUCAAAUACCUAACGAAGGGAAAGAUUCUGCUUUGCACAGGUGCAAUCAUGGAGGAGCAGGCAGCAAAGCAUCUCGGUGUGAAGAUGUGCAAGUUUAUCCCAAAACACUCUCGCAACUUAGCCAAUGAAUUUCGAUGUUAUGUGAAUUAUGUCUCUGGACUAGACUGACCUUUGKGAGAAGAUUUUUAACGUUUGCAAUCAAGUUCCUUUGGAAUGACAGAAUUCUGUAUUUUUCAGUGUUUAAUUUUUUUUUUCUGGAACAGCUCUAAUCAACACCACGUGCCAGCCUUUCGUUUAAACGAGUGAGCAUUUAUAAUGACUGCAGCUUGUAUUUUGCCUGUUAAGUAACUGGGAAUCAAAACACUGAAGGUUCUGGAGAGUGGGAGCCUUUCUGCUGGAAUUCAUUUCUCGUGGGUAGUUUGACCAUCCAGGGCCUCUUCAGGGACUUCUCGAAGUGUGUUGGGCUGAGCUGCUUUGCUUGGCGGCUAAGCAGCCUCUCAGGGCUUCUUGCCUCCCAGGCAGCACUGUGAUGAUAAUUUAUAGAAACCGGUAGUUUGGUCACUAGUGGGUGGCUGAAGGAGCAUGGGAGGCCUUUCCCAAGGCCUUAGUUAUCACUGGAAGUACCCAAGAGUUGCAGAGAAGUUGCAAAUUGCCCGCUGUUUGCUAGACUGGCAUCUUUUAUCAAUUGUGGUUAUCGUUGUCUGCCUUUUCUGGAACCUCCAUGCUUUCUUUUUGAAAGAUAAAACAUACUUUGUUAUUAAUUGUCCUUGUGUAAACUCGUGUAUGAAUGUCUGUGCGCUCGGAGAAAGCGACAGAAGCAGCUCUGCACCUCUGCA